CCCGAGCCAACCCAUCCCCUUGUUCUAGUGAGUCACUGGAAGGAUUCCACAGCUGGAAACGGGUCCUGCCAGACUGCAGGAGCACUCAGUGCCUCAGCAGGGAUGAGCCUGAAAACCGUGGUCAUCCUCCUUGGUCUGGCGUUAGCCACGAUAUUCGCUUUGGUCUGCGGCUGGAGCUUUGCCUUUGGCAUGAGCGUGAGCACAGGCCUGCGGCUGUUUGACAUCCGGCACAGGGGGGAGAGGGUUGCCUAUGAGCUCAGCGUGCAGGAGGCGCUGUCAGUGUACGGCUCCAACUGCCCGGGAGGGAUGUCCACGCGCUACAUGGACGGCAGCUUUGGCCUGGGCCGCUACAGCUCCCCGCUGGUGCCGGGGCUCGACUGCCCCUCCCUGGCCACCUACGUGGACACCCACUCUCUGUCUGACAGCCUGAGGCCCAGCAAGAGGAAGGCUUCCCUCUGCAUCUUUGAGCAGAACCUGGGCUUCCCUCUGCGGCGCCACUACUCCAACUUGCAGUCGCUCUACUACGGGGGGCUGGUGAACUCCGCUCUGGUCAUUCGCUCCAUCGCCACCGUGGGCAACUAUGACUAUGUGUGGGACUUCAUCUUCUACCAGAAUGGGGCCAUUGAGGGCAAGGUGCAGGCCACGGGGUACCCGAGCUCGUCCUUUCUUCACGGGGAUGGCCUGAGAUACGGCAAUAGGCUUUGGGAGCACACCCUGGGUACCAUACACACCCAUUUUGUCAACUAUAAGGUGGAUCUCGAUGUGGGAGGGGUGAAAAAUUCCCUGAUGGCCCAUGACAUGGCAUUUGAGAUGACACGGGCUCCCUGGAGCCCAGAGCAGCAGAUAGAGCGGCCACGGCUCACAAAGCAAGUCCUGGACACAGAAGACCAGGCUGCUUUCCGACUGCAGUCCAAGAUGCCCAGAUACAUCUACUUCGCAGCCAACAGCAAAAACAAGUGGGGCCACCAGCGAGGCUACAGGAUCCAGAUCACCAGUUUUGCAGGGGACCACGUCCCUGAAGCCAGUUCCAUGGAGAGGGCCAUCAGCUGGGCAAGCCACACUGACUGUCCUGUCCCUGCACUCGCAGUGAUGAACCCCAAACUUCCCUCCAUUCUCCUGGUUGGGGCUGCAGUGAUAGUCUUCAUUCUCUCCUGCAUGCUGCUGAGCAGGGAUGGGCGAUUGCCCAGCUGUGAAUCCCGGCCCAGCGCUGUGGAGAAGACUGGAUCCAUGAGCCAGAGCCUGGUGUUUGCUGACCUGAGCCCCGAGGAGAUGUCCCAGGUGGUGCGGUACCUGCAGGGACACCUCGGGGUGCCGCUGGUGGACGCCUCCCGUGCCAAACCCUCGGACAACUGCAUCGCCUCCGUGGAUCUGCAGGUGCCCGCCAAGGCAGAGGUGCUGCGGUUCCUGGACGCAGGGGGGGCUCGUCCCCCCCGAGAGGCGCUGGCUGUGCUGUACUUUGGGAAGCAGGCAGAGCCCAACAUCAGCGAGUUCGUGGUGGGGCCGCUGCCGACGCCCGCGUACCACCGGGACGUGACGGAGCGCAAGUACGGGGGGAAGCUGCCGUACCACCGCAGACCAGUCACUGGCAGAGAGUACUUGGACAUCAAUGCUCUCAUUCAGAGGCACUUUCUAAAGAACCAAGUGUUCCCCUCAGCUCCAGCUUUCAUGCAACAAGUAAUGGAGUAUGAUGGAGAGAAUCUUGCAGCUGUGACAGCUGCUCCCCGUGGAUACCAGUCUGGAGAUCGGGUCACCUGGUUCGUGCUGUUCCAGAACGUGAGCGGGUUCUUUGUGCACCCGGUGGGGCUGGAGGUGCUGGUGGAUCACAGCAGCCUGGACAUCUCGCAGUGGGCGGUGAGCAGGGUCUUCUACAACGGGCAGUACUACAGGGACAUGGCUCAGCUGGAGAGCGCCUACGUGCAGGGCAGGGUCAGCGUGGAGAAGGUGAGGAAGGCGCCGUGGGACGGGGACUUCUCGUCCAUGAAGCCCCGAGCGCCUGCGGCCGCGCUGUUCCCAGUGCAGUUUGAGCCGCAGGGUCCCCGCUACAGCGUCAGGAACAACCAGGUGCUCUUCCAGGGCUGGAGCUUUGCCUUUGGCAUGAGCGUGAGCACAGGCCUGCGGCUGUUUGACAUCCGGCACAGGGGGGAGAGGGUUGCCUAUGAGCUCAGCGUGCAGGAGGCGCUGUCAGUGUACGGCUCCAACUGCCCGGGAGGGAUGUCCACGCGCUACAUGGACGGCAGCUUUGGCCUGGGCCGCUACAGCUCCCCGCUGGUGCCGGGGCUCGACUGCCCCUCCCUGGCCACCUACGUGGACACCCACUCUCUGUCUGACAGCCUGAGGCCCACUGGCAGAGAGUACUUGGACAUCAAUGCUCUCAUUCAGAGGGAGCUGAAGAAGGCGCCGCGCUUCCUCACCAUGUGCUGUGAGUCAGACGGGACCGACCUGGCCAUCCUCACCACAGCCCCACGCGGCUUCAAGUCCGGCGACCGCAUGACCUGGUUUGUGCUGUUCCACAAUCUGGCUGGCACUGGCUACUUCGUGUCUCCAGUGGGGCUGGAGGUGCUGGUGGACCAUGGGGACCUUGACAUCUCCCGCUGGCAGCUGCUCCAAGUCUUCUACAAUGGCCGGUACUUUGCCAGCACAGAGGAUCUGGAGCAGGAGUUUGUGGCCGGUGCACUGGAGGUUGUCAGACUCGAGCAGCCCCGGGCUGACUCAGUGCUGGGCUCAAUGAAGCCCCGGCGCCCGCCUGGCUCCCCGGGCCCAGUGCAGUUUGAGCCGCAGGGUCCCCGCUACAGCGUCAGGAACAACCACAUCACCUUCCAGGGCUGGAGCCUCACCUUCGGCAUGAGCCCCAACACCGGCCCACGCCUCUUCGACAUCAGGUUCCGUGGGGAGAGGAUUGUCUAUGAGCUGAGUCUACAGGAAGCCUUGGCCCUGUAUGGCUCCAACUGCCCCGGGGGCAUGUCCACCCGCUACCUGGACGGCAGCUUCGGCAUCGGCAGGUUUGCCUACGAGCUGGUGCGGGGCCUGGACUGCCCCUACACAGCCACCUACGUGGACAGGCACUACCUGGUAGAGACAGAUACUCCCAAAACAAACCAAAACUCACUCUGCAUUUUUGAGCAUGACUCCUCCCUCCCUCUGAGGCGCCACUUCUCCGACUCGCAGUCCUUCUACUAUGGCGGGCUGCGGAAAAACACGCUGGUCAUCCGCACCAUCUCCACGCUCAUUAACUAUGACUACAUCUGGGACUUCAUGUUCCACAGCAGCGGGGCUGUGGAGGUCCGGGUGCACGCCACUGGCUACAUCAGCUCCUCCUUCUUCCAUGGCCGAGGCACUGACUAUGGCAACAGGGUUGGGCCCCACACGCUGGGCACGAUGCACCUCCACCACAUCCACUACAAGGUGGACCUGGAUGUUGACGGGCAGCUGAACUCCCUGGAGACCCAGGAUAUGGAGUACGAGUUUGUCAAAAUCCCCUGGAGCAGCCAGAACACCAUCGAGCGGCCGUACCUCCGCAGGGAAAGGCUGGAGAGGGAGGAUGAGGCAGCAUUCCCAAUCAAUGUCCCCAUGCCCCGCUACCUCUCCUUUGUCAGCCCCAAUCUCAACAGGUGGGAGCACCCACGCAGCUACAGGAUCCAGAUCAUCAGCUUUGCUGGGAAGCACCUGCCCACCAACAGCUCCAUGGAGCGCUCCAUCAGCUGGGGCAGGUACCAGCUGGCUGUCACCCGGAGGAAGGAGGAGGAGCCCACCAGCACCAGCAUCUACAACCAGAACGACCCCUGGAUGCCCACUGUCACCUUUGCUGACUUCAUCAACAACGAGACCAUCACCAAUGAGGACUUGGUUGCCUGGAUUACUGUGGGGUUCCUGCACGUCCCUCAUGCUGAAGACAUCCCCAAUACAGUGACUGUGGGCAAUGGUGUUGGCUUUUUCCUGAGGCCUUACAACUACUUCAGCGAGGACCCCUCUGUGGAUUCAUCUGACAGUGUUUACUUCAGCAGUGAACAGGAUGCUGGGGCAUGUGGGGCCAAUCCCCUCGCCUGCCUGUCCUCUGCUGCCACCUGUGCCCCCCACCUGCCCCCCUUCCACUUUGGGGGCUUCCUCAACCUCAGCCUGGCACCACCUCUUGGUGGGCUCUGAUGGGCCAGGGGGUGCUUCUGGCUCUUGGGUGGGGACUCAGAGGGUCUCUGUGCCACACCAGGACCUGCCCUCCCCCCGCCCUGGGUGUCACGUGCUCAGGGUCAGGUUUUGGGAGAAGCUCACUUCCUGUUUCAGCGCUGCAGCACUGCCAAAGGAGGAUUCAAAAUCUCUGAAAAAUAGCCCCUGGGAGUGAUUUUUUAAUUUCAUCCUGGAUGUCACCCUGGGUACUGUGGGGUGCCCACAGCUGCUCCCUUCCUCUGGGGUGGGACUUCCACCACUUUCCCAUCAUUGUUGCACACCAGUGACAGUGCUGGCCAAGGCUGCCCACAGCACAAAGCUGCAGCUGCCCUUGGAGCUGUGCUCCACCUGAGGUUUUACCCACAGUGGCAGGAGUGAGUGGUGUGGUGUUGCUGUGGACCUGCCACAGGAUUCCCAAAAAAUCCUCUGUAGCCAUUGCAGCAUCGAGGCCACUGGGCCCAGGCAGUACCAAGCUCUGGCUGCUGCUGCAGUGCCAGCUCUGCAGGGGAGAAUGGGGCACUGGGUUCUCUGGCAGGCUGCUGGAGGAGCCCAUGGCUGGGCACUUCCCAA